AUGUUGCCAACCGGCCGGGUAGACAAGCUGGACAGCUCGUUCUCACGCUCGCGCUCCAGCUCCAUGUCCAGCCUGGAGAACAUCUCGCAGGAGGGCAUCCAGUGCCUCGCCUUCGCUGACAGCUAUACUAAAAAGUCUGACCCCACGGCGCUGACUCCGACGCUAUGGAUCGGCACGACGCUGGGCUCCGUGCUGACGCUGAGCAUCACGCUGCCCGAGGCAGAGCUCCGCCACACUCAGCCCGUGCACGUCACCACCAGCGGUGGUCCGUUGUUUAGGUUAAAGGGUUCAAUCCUAACUAUGUCAUUUCUUGACUGCAAUGGUGCUUUAAUACCUUACUCUUACGAAAGUUGGAGAGACGACAGUAAAGAUGUGCGAGACCGGCGCGAGCGCACGCCCACGAAGCAGAGCUCGUCCAGCAGUGGGAGCCGCAUGAGCCCCACGCCGGGCGCGGACCUGGCCGGCGACCGACAGUUCGUCGUCGUGGCCUCCGAGAAGCAGGCGCGCGUCGUGGCGCUGCCCAGCCAGAACUGUGUCUACAGGCAACAGAUCGUAGAGACUGACUUCGUCGUCAAGGCCGAGAUUGUUAGCUUGAAAGACAGUGUAUGCUUGGUGAACUACUUGUCGACGGGCCACCUGGUGGCAUACAGCCUGCCGUCUCUGCGGCCGCUGGUCGACGUAGACUUCUUGCCGCUGUCAGAGCUCGGCUUCCAGACACAGUCCAAACAGAGGGGUAUCGUAGACCCAAUGCUGUCCAUAUGGGGCCAGCAGCUCAUUGUUAACGAGGACACCGACCAGAUCGCGAAGACUUUCUGCUUCAGCAACAGGGGUCACGGCCUGUAUCUAGCGUCCCCUACAGAAGUACAGAAGUUCACCAUUGACGCCGAGUUCUGUCAGCAGCUGAACGAGAUGAUCGGCGAGCUGUUCCUGCCGCGCGACAUGCCCGAGCCGCCCAAGGAGAGCUUCUUCCGGGGACUGUUCGGCGGCGGCGCCAGGCCUCUCGACCGGGAGGAACUAUUCGGCGAGAGCAGCGGCAAGCCCCUGCGCACGGUGGCCAAGCACAUCCCGGGCGGCGCCGCGCCGCUGGACGCGCUGGGCGCGCGCGCGGGCUCCGCCGCCGCCGACGUGGCGCGCGCGCACCAGCUCGUGCUGGAGCGCGGCGACAAGCUGUCCCAGCUGGAGGACCGCACGGAGCGCAUGCACAACCAGGCGGCCGAGUUCUCGUCGUCCGCGCACCAGCUCAUGCUCAAGUACAAGGACAAGAAGUGGUACCAGCUGUGA